UAAGGCAUAAUAUCAAAAAUUUUAGAUACUAAUUAAGGAUUGGUCAUAAUAAAACACUAUUAAUUAUAUUUUACUAAAAUCUAAAUUAUUUGCUUUAAAAUUUAACUGUAUCUCAUUUUUUUUCUCAUUAAAAUGUCUUCUCACUCUACAAGGAAAUAGGCAAAUAAUAGCUUUAUGAAAGACAAAAAGCAAGUACAAUAUGAACCUUACAAUAAAAAAAAAUCUAAUAAUGAAAUUGACUAAAGUGCAUUUUUUAACAAUAAAAAUGAUGAUGAAACAACGAUCGACUAAAAUAAAUCUUUAUACUCACUUAAAAACUCACAGUAUUCAUUUGAAAAAACUCAAUACAAAAAAGGUUCCAUUUUAGUAGAAGAAAAACAGAUUGACUUUUUUAAUGCAAAUAAUGUUAGAAAUAUUAUAUAAAAAGAAAGGAAAACUCCAACAGAUCUAAUCAACCUUGGCAAUGCCCUUAAAAACUACUGGUUUUUUGAUGACUACAAAAAAACCCUCCCUUUUAGUAACUACCUUUCUCUUCUCAAAAGUAUUGAGUACCAGUUUGUGAAAAAGGGUGAAAUAGUUUAUUCCAUAGGCCAAAAAAGCACAGAAAUGUUUGUAAUAUUAGAAGGAUCAUUCUUUGUGCUGAUUAGAAACCCGAAAUCUUUGAUAGUUUACAACACUCCAAAAGCAGCUUAACAAUAAUUAGAGCUAAACCAAUAGACUUAAGCAAACAAUUAAAAUAAUUAAAACUAAUAAUAACCACCUUAAUAAGGUUAAUUUGUAGAGAAUGGGACUAAGGGGACUCAUUAAUUAGAAAACGAUGGGAAGAAUGUCAAUUUUUCUUAAGCAUGGGAAUAUAUUGAGUAAUAAACUUUGCAGGACGAAAUCAACAAAAAAAUGCAAGCAAUAAAAAAUAAGGAUGGACCAUUGGAGUGGUUUGAAAUUAGCGAUGAGCUUAGUGAUACAAUUUUAGUUGAUUCAUUGAAAUUGGGAAAUAACUUCGGAGAAUUCGAACUUAUGUAUAAUAAACUAAGAUCAUAAAUUAUUAUAGCAAGAGAAGAUUCUCACUUAAUAAAAAUUAGCUAAUAGCAAUACGAAUUGCUUCCAAAAGAGAAAAAUCAGAAGUAAUACAAUUCCUCUCUUGAUUUCCUUUAUAGUUUUGACUUUUUUCAUGACUGGGGAAGAUAAAUGAUGAAUCUUUUGGUUUGCUUUGAAAUAGUUGACUGUUAUUUAAAUCAGAUCAUCUACAAAGAAUAGGAAGAAUCUGAUUAUCUUUAUUUCGUUUACCAAGGAGAAUUUGAAAUUACAAAGAAAAUAAAAGCUGAUGAAAACCAUUAAAAAGUUCUUGAACUAGCUAAUAUUCCGCUUUUUAAUUAUAAGAAAAAUAUAAAAUCUUAAAUUAAAAAUUAUGCUGACUAUUCUGAAAGAGUGAGGAUAUGCAUUUAUGGACCUAACACUUACUUUGGAGAUGAUGAGUUGCUUCAUCUAGAAAAACGUAAAACUCAAGCAACUUGCAUCUCUGAAGUUGGAGUUUUAUAUAAGCUAUCUUUAAAGAAAUUAGUAAAAAUUGUUUGCAAUUAAAAUAAUAUUUGGGAAAUGUUGCAAAAUAAUCUGAGAGUAAAAAGAAAGUGGCAGAAGUAGUUUUUUGCUUAGCUAAAUCCUGAAAAUAAAUAGAAUUAAAUUCCAAAAAUGCCAGAGCAAAAAAAUAUAUAAAGUUAAAUAUUUGAAGGCUAAAAGCUUUUAUAUAUUCCAAGCGAGAAAUUUCAAGCAAGAUCAUACUAUAAGGGCUUUAAAGAUAACUAUAUUAAUAAUAUUCAAAAUGCUUACUCUGAAGCUGCUAACAAUAUUAUAAAUCUUCACCAAAGAAAGUCUUCCUCUUCUCAAAUUGAAUGUCCUUCUAUUUUACUUGAUAAAAAAGAUAUUCAUGAUAGUUUUACAUAAUAUAUGAAAAAUAUAUCUGAAGGUAAUAAAUUAAAUAUGAAUUAAUUGAAUUACAAUGACUAAUAUGUCACUCAAAAUUCUCCAAUACAAACAACAAAAUAUUUUAAUUUAAAGUAAGAAUUGCUUAAUAAGUAAUUCUUUUAAGAAAGAUCAAAAGAUCUAAUACAAAUUUAAUAAAAUAUGGUACUUUUAAAACGAUUCAAAGACCACUAGAAAUAACUAAAUAAAAUAGAUUCUAAUGAAUAAUAAUAACAAGAAUAAUUAGAGGAGCAAAUUCUUAAUUUAAAUCAACAGAGUAAGCAAUAAAAUUCCAAAUCAAAGUCUUCACAGAAUUCAAAAUCUAAGUCUCCUUAAUCUACUAAUAAAGUAAAAGAAGUAGGAGUUAGAUCUAAUAAAACAUAGCAAGGUUAGAGAAAUAAAUAACAUAAUUUAAGCCAUAAGAAUAGCUUUAGCAUCUCAGAUAAUAAAGAUAUGACAUCAACAGAUAAUUAAACAAAGGAAAAAGAAAUAAUAGUAGAUAGAAAUUCCAUAAUAAGAAAAGAAGAUUUACCUGAGUUAAACUUAGAAAGUCAAGAUAAAAACAAAAAGAGCUCUGAGAAAGGGAUUUAAAUUGAUUUAAGGAUUUUCCAUGAAAAUACAAAUGAAGAAAAUUUUGAGAAAAAAAAACAUUUUUGGUAUCACAUCACCAAUUCAAAAGAAAAAAUAACAAGCUAAGAGUUUUAUGACAAACUUAUAGAUGCUGUAGGUGGUGGAGUUAAAAGGCCAUAAACAAAAACAGAUUUAAGAUCAAAAACACAAUAUAAAAGAAAGAUAUUCGAAGCAAAAAAUAUGAAUUAAAGCCUGAAUUAGAGCUAAGUAUCUUAUAAUUUAGAUGAGAGUAGCAUUUAGCAAGAAAAGAAUAAUUCUAAUUUAGGAGCUUUGUCUCCAUUUAUUCCUCAAGCUAUUGAAGGAAACUCUUUUAGAAAAUAUUACCAUCAAAAUAAAGAUAAAAAAUAAAUUCUAGAUAAGCUCAGAUUCUAAAGACUUAUGAAGCCAUAAAUUGAUGAAAAAAUUAACCAAGAGUAGCAAGAGCUUUAGCAAGGAUCUACCUUUUUUACAACUUAAAUAUAGCUUUCGCCUCUUAAAGUUAAUAAAAGAGGAAGCCAAACAAGCAGAGAUAAUUAUAGAAGCAAAUCUAGUUAUAACUAAUCCUUAAAUAGCUCAAGAAGGAACUCUUAGAUACUUGAACUGUAGCAAGAGCUCUUUGGAAAUAUUCUUAAAACAUCAGUCUUGAAGCAAUAAUAGUUUUUGUGUUUGGGAUAGACACAAAAAUAAAACUAAAAUAUAAGUUAAAGUAUCAACUUAGAUGCCAAUACUAACAACAAUAACAGUUCAUUUGGGAUAUAAAACUAAACUAUUUUACAAUCUAUCAUUCCUUUUGGGGAAAGGGAAGAAUCAAGUAUUUCUUCUGAAAACAAAAGGGAUUCUUUGUUAUUUAGUUCUCCUAAAAAAAGCAUUUAAUACUAUGAUGAAAAACUGCAUUAGUAAAAAUUAGAAGUUCAAAUUAAUCAUAAAUUAAAUAUACCAACUCAUAAUAAAAUAUUUAAAGAAGGCGAUAAUAUAUACAUUAAAACUGGGGGAUUUCCAAUCAAAAAGCCUUGCCCAAUUAGAUUUAUUAAAUAAAAUUGA